UCAUAUUAUGUGCCCAUUAUAUUCUAAAGAAGUCAAUAGUCAAUCAGGAAAAAUGUCACAAGUUAAAUUUCUGUAAUUCUCCCGAGAGGCCACUAGUGUCGUUUUGUACUUUCCCGCCAAACAACUUUGUUGAUUCAAGAAAGGUGACACAUUACAGUUGUGUCUAGAUCUCCAACGAGUGAGGUUGUUACGCUGCUCCGGAAAACCGACAUAUUUUAAGUUGUGACAGUUUUCGUGUUGCAUCCUGUUUGCUUUGAAAGUGGAAAAUAGACAUUAUUUUGAUUUAUGACGUUUUUCCUGUUUUAAGUGAAAGUAACAAGAAGACAUUAUAAUAAUAUUUUGGAUUAGGACACUUUUCUUGUUCCAUAUAAAAUGGAUUCGUCUUCUCGAGCUUCGAGAAUUUUACGAUUGUGCUUGGAAGAUGAGAAUAACACCGAUACCUUGGAAACAUCUGUUGAUAUUGGGAGUAUUGAAGUACAAAACCCCAAUUAUGUUGAACUUGAAAAUAUUGAAUCUGGGGAACCCAUGCAAGCUGCUGAAUCCUCGGCUGUUCCAGAUAAUUUACAGCAGUAUACUAUGGAAAUGGACGAGAAAAUAGAUACAAAAUUCGUCUUAAGAAAAAUAGAAAAUGGUGUAGUAUCUAAAGUAUCUGAUCAUGAAAAUUUAGAAACUGUAUCAGAUGAAAGCAAUGCUGAUUUAAACCUAAGCGAUGAUUCAAUAGCCGACCCCAGCUUUUCUUCAUCUGAGUCAACAUCAAGUGAUGAAUCAACAUCAAGUAAUGAAUUAACAUUAAGUGACGAAUCAUCACCACCAAGUUCGUCUUCUAAACGUGGUAAGAAGAGAGUAAUUAGAAUUUCAGCAAGAAAAAAAGAGACAGCGAAACGACUCAGAAAUAUGGGAAAAGAAUAUCAAUCCGUUUCCAAGACGUCCAAAAUAAUCAAAGCCAGAGAAAUUUUAGCACCAUGCACAGACAAAUGCAAACUUUCAUGCUCAACCAAGUUUUCAGAAAAUCAAAGAAAGACCAUUUUCAACAACUAUUGGGCACUUGGCAACUUAGAACAACAACGAUCUUUUAUUGCUGGGAACAUUGAAAGUAUACAGCCCAAAUAUAGGUACACGCGCACGGAAAACCACAGAAAAUUGAACAACGCAUUCUACUUUCAGAUAGAGGCAAAAAAAUUGAGAGUUUGCAAACUAUUCUUUAAGAAUACGUUGGGAAUCAACGACAGACCUAUAAGAACAGUUUUGGAAAAAAAAAGAAAAUGGAUUUCUUAAACCAGAGAAGAGGGGAAAACACUCAAAUCAUUUCACAGUUGCACCUGGUAUAAAAGAAUCCGUAAGAAACCAUAUCAACUCGAUACCACGCAUGGAAAGCCAUUACCUCCGUGCCACUACUUCCAGAGAGUACAUAGAUGGUGGUAAAAGUUUAGCUGACUUACAUAGAGACUACAUGAAAGAACAAGCCGAAAAAAAACAACCAGCAGCAAAUCUUAUGAUGUACUCACGUAUUUUUAAUGGGGAGUUUAAUAUUUCAUUUUUUUCCCCGAAAAAAGAUUUAUGCAAUUUGUGCGAAUCUUACAAAAACGCACCAGAAGUACCAGGCACAAAGGAAAAAAACGAGAAGCAUCAGGAAGAAAAAAGGUUAAGUCGUGAAUCUAAAGAACAGGAUAAAAGAUGUGUUGGUGAUAAUUUUGUUCUUGCAACUUUUGAUCUUCAAGCGGUGAUGCCGUCUCCUAGAGGAAAUUUAUCAAUAUUUUAUUACAAAUCGAAAAUAAAUUCUUAUAAUUUUACGAUUUGCGAAGUUGGUAACGAUUCUGUGGAAUGUUUUUUUUGGCACGAGGGCGAAGGACAUCGUGGUGCGAAUGAAAUCGGAUCUUGCAUAUUAAAGUAUCUGGAGAAGAAAGCUUCUGAAAUUAAUAAUGACAAUUUGGAAUUCACGUUCUACUCGGACAACUGUUGCGGACAAAACAAGAAUCGGUAUAUAAUUGCAAUGUUUAUGCAUGCAGUUAAAACACUGAAAAUAAAAGCUAUUACACACAAAUUCUUGAUUUGCGGCCAUACUCAGAAUGAGGGUGAUGCAGCCCAUUCUGUAAUUGAGAAACAGAUAAAAAAGUCACUCAAAAGUGGUCCAAUUAUUAUUCCCCAACAGUAUGUCACAAUAAUACGAACAGCCAAGAAGCGUGGAAAUCCAUAUCAGGUGAACGAAAUGAGUCAUUUAGAUUUCUUUGAUUUAAAACAUUUAAGUAGUAUGACAGGCACCAAUUAUGCUAAAGAUGUGACUGGCAACACUAUAAAAAUGACUGAUUUUAAAGUUCUGAGGUUUGAGAAGUCUAGACCAGAUUCAUUUCUUUUCAAACUGUCAUACAAGGACGAAUUUGCAGAAAUUGAAGUUCGAAAGAGAAAACCCCAAUCUUCUUCUGUUACUCUGAAGAAAGCUUACUCUAAAAAAAUAGUGAUCGAAGGAAAAAAAAAGAAGACUGUUUGGAGUUGAUCCGUUCAAAUCACAUCCCGCAAAGUUAUUUCAGUAUUUUUAAUUCACUAUUUUCUUAAAUGUAUGUAACUA